CAUUUGAUUUAUUUGCCUUUUGUCCCAAGUUGGGCACUUGUUUACUGUCUUUUUUUUUUUUUUGGGUUCUCUUCUAGUUAUCUAAACCAAGGAAAAAAAAAAAGUCAGGAAGAUGGGGGAUCCUAUAAGUCUUUCUUGCUUUGCAAACAAGGUUUUUGACAAGGUUUUUGAUCCAAUUGUUACGUACCUUGUCAUAUAUCCAAUCACUGCUCUGUACUUGUGGAAGCAAAAUGAUAUGAAGCUGGAUGCUAAACUGGAUGAGCUGGCUCUUAAGAAAACGGACCUGCAGCACAGAGUUUAUGAAGCUCAGCAAAGUGGGGAGAGGAUUUUGGAGGAGGUCAAGCACUGGAUGAGUGAAGCGGACGAGUACAUCCGUCAAGACAGUGGAAACCGUAUUGAAUUAAUGGCAUUAAAACGCAAAGCACGGAGGAAGUAUUGCUUUGGGUGGUGUUCUAAUCCGAAGUCUCUCUACGAUCUAAGCAAGAAAGCAAAGGAGUACACCGAGGUUGUUGAUCAACUUGUGCAAAAGGCCGUGCAGUUCGAUACUCGCAAGAUAUUCUACUUUCAUGUUCAAAAACAAGAAAGUAUUAAACCAGAGAGGGGUCCACGGGAUGGUUUUGUUGAAUUUGAAUCAAGAAACGGGGUGUUGAACGAUAUCAUGAAGGCACUAAAAAGUCCAACCGUUAACAUGAUAGGGGUGCACGGGAUGGCUGGUAUGGGGAAGACAACGCUUGUGAAAGAAGUUAAAAGAAAAGCUGAGGAAGAGAAGCUGUUUGAUGUUGUGGUUAUGGCUAAGGUGACGAGGAGACCUGACUUGACGAAAAUUCAGCAUCAAAUCGCACGUGACCUGGGAAUGUUUAAUCUUUCUAAAGAACUCACACCUCAACAAGUUGCGGAGCGAAUAAAUGAAGGGCUGAAAGCAUUGAAUGCCCUUCUAAUUUUGGACGAUGUUUGGGAGAAACUAGAUUUGGAGGAUCUUAGAAUUCCUUCUGGAACCAAGCAGAAGCAUUCUGUAGCAAAGCAAAAGAAUAAGGAGAGCUCAUCAAGUGAAGAACAAAAGGAGUGUAAGGUUUUCAUUACAUCCAGAGAUCAUAAAGUUCUAUCAGAAAACAUGGGUGUUAAAAAUGAUAACGUCUUCCAUGUUAACAAGUUGGAAGAAGAUGAGGCUAGGGAGCUGUUUAAGUUGAGAAUUGAAGUUGACAUUGAAAGCUCUGAAUUCCGCCGGACAAAAGCUAUUGAGAUUGUAAACAGAUGUUCCGGUCUGCCACUUGCAAUUGAAAAAAUGGCAAUGGCUUUGAGAGGAAAGGAAGAUCACUGCUGGAGUUAUCUAUUGCAAGAACUUAAGGCCUCUAAGGGCAGUGGAUAUGCCAUUGUUUAUUCAGCUAUCGAGUUUAGUUUUCGUCAGUUGGAAAGCGAAGCACUAAAGCAGACUUUCUUGCUUUGCUGCCUAAUGGGCCAUAAUGCGUCCAUUGAAGACUUAAUGGAAUAUGGUACUGGCUUAAAAUUAUUCCCAGAUGUCAAUAAAAUAGAGGACGCCCGAGCUGCAGCACGCACUUUGGUGGAUAAUCUCAAAGGCUCUUCUUUGUUACUUGAUGGUCCCAGCAAUAUUCAAUUUGACAUGCAAGAUGCAGUUCGAGAUGCUGCCAUUUCAAUUGCUUCUAGGGACGGAGGUGUGUUAGCUUUCAGAGAUGAAGAUGCAGCAGAGGUGUGGCCAGACGAGGAGGCAACGGAAAAACUCAAGUGGAUUUGUUUGUCAAAUGCUGAUAUUAGUCAACUUCUUCAAGAGUUGGAGUUGGCGCACAAUUCCGAAGGAGGGCGUCAACAGGGAAUGAAAAACCUCGAAGUCCUGAGUUUGUCUAAAAUACAUUUCUCACCGAUGCCUCAAUCAAUUUCCCUCCUAACAAACCUUCGAACGUUGCGUCUCAAUCAAAGUAAGUUGGGAGUACUAGACGGCAUGGGAAAUAUUAUCGACAAGCUGAAGAACUUGCAAAUCCUCAACCUUGCUGCGUGUGAUAUUACUGAGCUGCCAAAGGAAAUAGCAUGCUUGACCAGGUUAAAGUUGCUAGAUAUAAGUGAUUGCACCAGCCUCAAAGUAAUUUCACCGGAUGUCCUGUCCAAAUUGUCUAGGCUAGAGGAGCUAAAAAUGGCCAAUAGCUUUGACCAGUGGCAGUGUAUCGAGCAACACGAAAAUCAAAAUGGAAAUGCUAGCCUUGCUGAGUUGAAGCGUUUGCAAAAAUUGACUACUUUGGAGGUCUGUAUAAAUGAUAUCCAAAUGAUCCCAGGAGGCUUAUUCAAUACAGAACUGAAAAGAUACAAGAUUUUUAUAGGAGAUUUGUGGAAGCAUCGGGAGAGUCCUUCUGAAAAUUUGAAAAUACUGAAAUUGGAACUGCAGGCAGGCAGUUCUCAUGGUUCAGUUAUAAAGUUAUUAAAAGUCUCUGAAGAACUACAUUUAGAGGGAUUGCACGGUGUUAAGAAUGUGGUUUAUCAAUUAGACAAUAAAGGUUUUCAGAAACUAAGAUAUCUCUAUGUCAAAAAUGCUCCAGAGAUUCAAUUUAUGAUCGAUUCAGAGAGGUUGGUGUCUAGCAAUGCAUUUCCAGUCUUGGAGGAAUUGGUUCUUCAGAAUUUGGCGAAAAUGGAGAAGAUAUGUUGUGAACUGGACGUUCUUGGAGAAACAUCUUUUAACAAAUUAAGAAUCAUAACCAUUGAAUGUUGUCAUCAGCUCAAGAAUUUGUUCUCUUUCUCUGUAGUGAAACAGCUUAUCCAACUCCAAGAAAUUAGCUUGAAAGACUGUGAGAAUCUUGAAGAGAUUGUUGCUGAGGAGGCACAAGUAACCGUUCGUGAGAUUGAGGAAGCAGCUACAAAAAUUGAGCCUGGCCAAGAGAUUGUGGCUGAGGAGGCACAAGCAACCAUUCGUGAGAUUGGGGAAGCAGCUACAAAAUUUGAGCUUGGCCAAGUACGGUCCCUGAGAUUAGAAAAAUUACCGAACUUCAUUAGUUUCUGUCAGGAAAAGAAUAGCCGCAUCACAGAUCAAGGGGGUCAGUCAUCAAGCUCUAGAUGCAUGCCGCUUUUCAAUGAAAAGGUUGUGUUUCCAAUGCUUGAGGAGUUGCAGUUAACUGAUGUUAAGAUUGACAGGAUAUGGAACAGUUUAGCGACACGUGACUCUGUUCAGAAGCUUACGGAAUUGAUCAUUUCGUCUUGUAGUGAUUUAAAAUAUCUGUUCUCAUUCUCUUUGGCUAAUGGUCUGGAGAAUCUUCUUCACCUUGAAAUAGAAGACUGCAAGAGUUUGAGAGGGAUUAUUGGCACGGAGACUGGUCCAGAAAUGGGUAAUUGUCCCUCAGGUAAUUGUCCUGUUGAAUUCCCAUCUUUGAAGCGAUUGAGCAUAAUAAAUUGCUCGGAAUUAAUGGGAUUCAUGGUUAAAGCUAAGAGCACAAAUGAAGCAGAUGACGCACUGCCCUUCUUCGAUGAACAUGUUUCAUUUCCCUGCUUGGAAAGCAUCACUCUCUACGAUUUAAGAAACACAAAGAUCAUAUGGCACAGCCAACUCUCGUCGGGUUCCUUUUGCAAACUCUCAGAGUUGAUUGUUGGAGAUUUGGAAGAGGUGUUUAACGUGGGAGAGAUAAACCUCAAAGAAUCAGUACAGACUCCGCUGAGAAAUUUGUGGAUUAAUGGUCUACCGAGCUUGAAGCAUGUGUGGAAUGAGGAUCCCAAAGAAAUUCUCACUUUUCAUAAUAUGGAAUCGGUGGUUGUUCUUAACUGUCCUAAUAUCAAAAGUGUGUUUCCAAUUUCAGUAGCUAAAGGCCUUAAACAACUCCAAAAGCUACAAAUAGGGAGUUGUGGGGUGGAGGAAAUUGUUGCAAUGGGACGUGAAGGAACAGAAGCAGGUGUGAAGUUUGUGUUUCCUCGACUGUCGAACCUCAAACUUACAAAGCUGGAAAGACUCAGAUAUUUUUACUCAAGAAAACACACAACGCUUUGGCCAGAGUUAAUAAAGUUGGAUGUUUUUGACUGUGGUUGUGUUGAUGAAGUGGAGAUAAGAAAUGGACAAGGGCGACCAGAUUUCCCCGUUGGACAGCCACUUUUCUACAUGGAAGAGAUCAUUCCUCAAUUGGAGAAAUUGUCCUUGUCAAAAGGUGACAUCGAUAUGAUAAGAGAAUUCCGAUUUAAACGAGACUUCUUUUUUAAUAUAAAAGUCCUUCGGAUUUCUCAUGACAUUGGUGGUGAAUCGGCUAUUUUUCCAAUCGGCUUCCGCCGGAAAUUCUACAAUUUGGAAAAACUUGUUUUAACCGAGUGUUCUCUCGAAGAGUUAUUCCCUUCACAUGGACAAGGAGAGGUUGAAGAAGAAGAACAGAAACACUUUGAGACACAAUUCUCAAGGAUUAAAACAUUAAAGCUGGAAUUCAUUACUAAUCUCAAGCAUGUUUGGAGCGGAGACUCGUCAAAUGUUCUUUCAAAUCUUGAAACUCUUAAAGUGAUUCGGGGUGAUGAUUUGAUCAGUUUAUGGACAUCCACGACAUCAUUCAAGAAUCUCACAACUUUAGAGGUAUGGUUUUGCCAUAAAAUGGAAAACUUGGUUUCAAUUGCAACAGUCCAAAGCCUGGUGCAAGUAAAGAGUAUGACAAUAAGGGGUUGCCGCAAGCUAACUGAAAUAGUUGGAUGCCAAGGAGAUUUGACACAAGAUCCCGUUAUUUUCAGCAGUUUGAGAUAUUUGAAACUUGAAGGUUUGAUAAGAUUAGUAUGCUUCUGUUCUGGGAAUUUCAUCUUUGAUUUCCCAAAUCUGGAGCAACUAAUUGUGGAACAAUGCCCUAAAUUGGAGAUGUUCUCUAAGGGAGUCCCAAAAACACCACGACUGCUGCAAGUAAAGGGAGGGAUAUUGUGGAAUUUGGAAGGUGAUCUCAAUACCACCAUACAAAGAAUGUAUACGAAAAAGGUUGGAUUUAUUGGUUUGAAGGAUUUGAGCCUCUCCGAGUUUCCUGAACUGAUUCAAAAUUGGCAUACUAGUGGCCUUCAAAUCUUAGAUUUUAGAUGCCUUUUCUAUCUGGACAUUUGUAAUUGCAACAACUUGCGAUACCUGUUUACCCUCCCUCUGGUCAAGAGCCUUGUGAACCUCAUAAUUUUGAAGGUAGAAAACUGCACAAUAAUGGAAGCAGUGAUAAUGGAGGAAGGAGCAGAAAAUAAGAUAAUACUCCCUCACUUGAGCACGAUUAUUCUGGAGUCUUGUUCAGACUUGACAAGUUUCUAUGUUGGAAGUUGCACAUUCCAGUGUGCAAAUUUGACGAGUUUUAAAGCAAAAAACUAAGAAGAAUUGUAUGUUGUGCAGGUUGCAUUUCCGAACCUAGAGGUGUUGGAAUUGUCUUGGAUUAAUGUUAACACCAUAUGGCACGCUUCAAUAACAUCUUCUCAUGUUGCGAAACUGACGAAGUUGAUCAUUGAGGGCUGUGGUAAUUUGGAAUAUCUAUUCCCAUCUUCCAUAGUGUUGGGCCUUGUGCAACUCUAUAGUUUGAAAGUCACAAACUGUGCCAAGAUGGAGCAAGUGAUCACAGGAGAAGGAGCUGAGGACCUGUUUCCUAAGCUAUUCACUAUUAUUUUGGAGUCCUGUCCCAACUUGAAAUGUUUCUAUGAGGGAAGUAGUCGGCUUGAGUUUCCACGGUUGUACAAAAUUACUGUUGUUAACUGCCCAACUUUGGCUGCUUUUGCUUCUUCAUUUUCAAGUGACCAAAAGAAAGAGAUGACAACUAAUGACAUAGAAAGUGAAGAGAGGCCUGUCAUCCCUACUCAACAUUUCUUCAGUGAUAAGGUUGUGUUACCAAACCUAGAGGAGCUACAAUUACGCUGGAUGAAUGUUAACAUCGAAUGGCACACUUCAAUAACAUCUUUAUGCAGUGAUAAUUUGGAGUACUUAUUCUUAUCUUCUAUAGCUAGAGGUCUAGUGAUGCUCAGUCAAGUUGAAAUAAGGGAAUGCAAGAGGAUGAGAGAGAUUAUUGUUACAGAGAAUGCAGAAGAAAAAGAGAAUUUAAUUUUUCCUCAAUUGAACUUCCUAUUGCUAAAAGACCUUCAAAACAUUGUUGGAUUCUACUCAGGGAAUUGUAUUGUUGAAUUCCCAUCCUUAAAGCAACUGCAAGUAUUGAACUGCCCAGAGUUGGAAGGAUUCAUUGUUAAAUAUUUUGCAAGCACAAAUGUCAUUGCUGACAAACAACCAUUCUUCAAUGAACAGGUUGCUUUUCCCAACUUGGAAAAUCUGACUCUCACCCACUUGAAAAACUUGGAUAUCAUAUGGCACAACCAACUCCAUGCAGAUUCCUUUGGCAAACUAAAAUCAUUAACGGUUGGAAACUGUGAGAAACUAUCCAUUGUUUUUCCAUCUGCUGAUAUGCUAGGAAGAAUAUGGAAAUCCCUAGAGAAGUUAAUUAUAUUUUUCUGUGGCUCGCUCGAAGUGGUAUUUGGAGUUGCCGAGUUCAAUGUCAAACAAACACAUGCUAUAAUAGACACCAAGUUGAGAGAAUUGAAUAUUGGUGAUCUACCAAGAUUGAAGUAUGUGUGGAAUAAGGAUCCCCAAGGGAUACUCACUUUCCACAGCCUGGAAUCAGUAGUGGUACUACGCUGUGACAGACUCAAAAUUUUGUUUCCAGCUUCAAUAGGCAAAAGCCUUUCACAACUUCAAAAGCUACACUUACAUAAGUGCGGGGUGAAGGAAAUUGUCACGAUGGGAGAACAAGGAGCUAAAGCAGUUGUUAACUUUGAAUUUCCUCACGUAUCUAGUCUUAAGCUUGAAAGGUUAUCAAGGCUCCAAUAUUUCUACCCAGGGAGGUACACGGCAGUGUGGCCAAAAUUAAAACAGUUCUGUUUUUCCAAAUUCAAUCAAGUAAGGAGAAUAGAUGGUCAUGGGCAACUUGACUUUCCUGUACAACUACCACUUUUCUCCAUAGAUAAGAUCAUCCCUCAGUUGGAAGAUUUGUCACUAGCAAGACAUGACAUUGCAGUGAUAUGUGAACACCAAUUUAAAGAAGACAUCUCUUUCAAUAUCAAAGUUCUUCAAAUUCAUGACUAUCUUGAUGAUGAAUUAGAUGUUUUACCCAUCAGAUUACUACAGAGAUUCUGCCAUCUAGAAGAGCUUAUCGUGGAGUUUUGUAAUUUUAAAGAACUGUUCCCUUCAAAAGGAGAAGUUGAAGAACAAGAGAAACACAUUGAAAUUGAAACACUCUCAAAGAUUAAAACAUUAAAUCUAAAGCGCCUUCCAUAUCUUAGAUGUAUAUGGAGCUGUGACUCGUCAAUUGUUCUUCAAAAUCUUGGAACUCUUCAAGUUUUUAGGUGUGAGAGUUUGAUUAGCUUGUCAACAUCACCUGCCUUUUUCCAGAAUCUUGUAACUUUGAAUAUAAGCAACUGUCAAGCAAUGGUAAACUUGGUUUCAAUCUCAACAACCCAAAGUCUAGUGCAGUUAGAAAGAAUGACAGUAUCAAGUUGCCACAUCCUGACUGAAAUAGUUGAAAAUGAAGGAAAUGGAACGCAAGAUUUGAUCAUGAUCACUUUUACUAAAUUAAGAUUUUUGAAACUUGAAGGCUUGCCAAGAUUAGAAAGCUUUUGCUCAGGGAAUUUCACCUUCAAAUUUCCAUCUUUGAAAAUGCUAAUUGUGAUUCAAUGCCCAAAAUUGAUGAUCUUCAAUGAGGGUGACCUAAACACACCACUACUGCAAAGAGUAGAAUUAAUUGAAGGAGAGGACAAGUGGCGUUGGGAAGGUGACCUUAAUACCACCAUACAAAGAAUGUAUAUGGAAGAGGUUGGAUUUGUUGGGUUACAAACUUUGGUGUUGUCAAAUUUUCCCAAGUUGAUGGAAACAUGGCAUAUCAAGAAUCCUCAAGAACUCUUAGAUUUUAGACAACUUCAAGUGCUGGAAAUUUGUGAUUGUAGCAAGUUCAAGUACCUAUUAACGGAUUCAAUGGCCUGGGGCCUUGUGCAACUCUUUCAGUUAAUAGUAAAAAAUUGUGGAACAAUGGAACAAGUGAUAAUGGGAGAAGGAGCAAAAUAUAAAAUGGAAUUCCCACAUCUUUGGUUGAUCAAUCUAGAGUCUUGUUCAGAUUUGACAAGUUUCUAUGUGGGAAGUCAUAGUCUUGAGCUUCCAAGUUUAAGUGAUUUUAUUGUAAAGGAUUGCUCAAGGAUGGUCACAUGUGCUGCUUCUACAUCCUCAGAAGAGCAUGACAAAGGGGAAUAUCAAUACCUCCUUAGCAGCAAGGUAAAGACUCCUAACUUGAAGUUUUUGAGUUUGUCUUCAAAUAACAUUCAAGGAAUUUUGGAUAAUUCGAUUCUAGAAAUCUCUUCUUAUGUCCAAAAUUUAAGAAAGUUGUGUGUGGAGGGUUGUGGUAAUUUGAAAUAUCUAUUGACAUCCUCCAUGGUUAAGAGUUUUGAGCAAUUGAAUUGGCUCAAGAUUUGUGAUUGUAAUAUGAUGGAAGAGGUAAUACUUGCAGAAGAAUCAAUGGAUGAGGAAAGGAUGUGCAAGAUUUUCUUCCCUCACCUGGAGUUCCUACUGCUCCAAGACCUUCCAAAACUCACAAGAUUUUGUUCUGGAAAUUACUUGGAAUUACCAUGCCUUUGGAAACUUAAGAUAAGCAAGUGCCCUGUAUUGAAGACUUUCAUCUCUAGCUUCAUUUUUGGAGACAUGACAUCUGGUUCUGAAAAUGUCAAAAACACUUGUACGCUUUCUCUCUUUGAUGCAAAGGUGGCAUUCCCCAAAUUAGAGCGUUUGGUAAUUGAACAUAUAAAGAGCUUGAAUAAGAUAUGGAAAGAUCAGCUCGAAGUAGGUUCUUUUUGCCAACUAACUUCGGUGAGUGUGGUUUCAUGUGAAAAGUUAUUGAAUAUUUUCCCAUUUAGUAUGUUGGAAAGGCUUCAAAGACUAGACAAGCUCCAAAUAUGGAACUGUGAUUCACUUGAAGAGAUACUUGAGUCUCAUGAACCUAUUGUUAGCCAAUCACAAGCUCAAAAGGCCACUCCGCCACCUUUGUUUGAAACCGUUACAUGCUUGGAGGGUGAUGUGAAGGAUGAGAUUGUCUUUAACAAACUCAAGUAUUUGCAACUUUGUGGUCUGCCUAGACUUUCAAGCUUUUGCUCGGUUAAAUGCAAGUUUGAGUUCCCAUUUUUGGAAGAUGUGAUUUUGAUGGAUUGUCCAAGUAUGCAGACUUUCUCCAUGGAUGAAAUAAGAACGCCAAAACUACAGAAAGUAAAAUUGACUAGAGAUGAAGAUGAAGGCUUUUGGGAUGGCAACCUAAACUCGACCAUACAACUACAGUUCAUGCAAAAGAGUCAAGGUGAUUCUGAAAAUUGAGAUCAAAGAAAUUGUGGCUCAUGUCCUUUCCAAGUGAAAUUUGAUGGUGAGUUGGUCUUAUGCUUCCAUCAUCUCUACACUUGUUUGAUAAAGGUACAUCUCUUGUAAACAUGCAUGGAGGUAUAUUGAGGCUGCUUGCUUAGUUCUUUGCAGGUGUAAAUGGUGUAUGCAUAAGUUGGAUGUGAAGUUGUCACACUGCUAAUUGGUGGCCAGAAUGUUACCUCACCAACUAAAAUUGAUCCCUUUUUUCUACAAAAAAAAAAAAAAAAGAAGAAAGGAAGACGGAUAUUUUCUAUUUCCCAAACUCAUGUGCAACUUGUAAUAUGUAUUAUUAAAUUCAUGCAAAGACUUUAAAUUUAUGGGUUGUUUUAUAGUAUUGAAGAGAGAAUAUCCUUCAAGAAAACAAAUGAUGCUUU